UCGCUUUUCCCUCCUCUGGUGCUGCAGACGGCUGAGUGGACGGAUGUUAGGUUAGUGGCGGUGUUCCAUUCUAUUCGAAACAUGUGAUUAUUUUGUGACGGGAAUACAUGACUUCAAUACUUAGGUGACAGUUCGGAAACACUAAUCGUUCUUUGAAAAUUUUUGUUGGCAUCUCAACUUUGUGAACAUAAUCUCAUUGGAUUCUUAUUUUUUUUGCCUUCUUGAUUGAGUUUUAAUAGAAUUGCGGAAAGCUCCUAAGUAAUUCUGUGGUGCAUCUUUUUCUGGCGUGCUCUCCGUUUUGGCAUCCCCGUCACGUUCGUCUCUUCAAGGCUCUGCCCCAAAUUUCAUCACAUUUUAAAAGAAGAAAUCCUGUAGCUGACAUUGAACCUGUCCAACGACAAGAAAAGGCAAACUUUAAUCUUCGAAACAGUUCAUCAUGUAUCGGUAACUUGACUAACCCGUCAGUAUAAAGACCUUUUUUUGACAUAUCUGAAACGGAAAUGCUUUAAAUCAAUCCUGUUAAUUGUCAUAAAGACUUUCUACAUUUUUUUUACUUUACAAAUAUGACGUGAGACCACUUUAUCCAGAUAGGGUAGUCAGUAUAUUUUUAUUCCACUCUUUAUUUAUUAUUUAAUUAGCUUUAUUUAUAAGUUUGAACUUCAAACGAACAUUGAAUUCUUUUGUGUGUGAUAUCAAGUUGAAACAACGGCAUUUCAAUGAAUUUAACAGUCAAAAUGAUGCUUAGGCGCAGAAAUGUAGUGUUGAAAGGACUUAUUCUUAUACCAGCCACUUGGAUUUUAGUCACUUAUAUCUUGGCUGUCACAUCUAACCAUUCAGCAGAAGAUAAUCUAGUGGACAAAGGCUCCGAGUCCAAGCACAAAGCUGAGCGAUCGCUCCAACAACAGCCUUUAGUAGGACAUGUAGAAAACUUAGUGGACUCUAAACCUAAAAGUAAGGAGCCUGAUUACCAACAUAACGACCAGGAUGGAGGGGUCCUCCAGCCACCUCGUGAACCAGACGGUUAUGGCGAGAUGGGUAAACCUGUCAAGCUGACCAACCUCACCGAUGAGCAGCAGAAACUGGUCAAGUUGGGCUGGAAGAAUAACGCCUUCAAUCAGUAUAUCAGUGAUUUGAUAUCGCUCCACAGGUCGCUCCCAGAUCCUAGAGACAAAGAAUGUCGAGAUAUCAAGUAUCCGUCCAAUCUGCCUCCGACGAGUGUCAUCAUCUGCUUCCACAACGAGGCCUGGAGUGUCCUCAUGAGAACAGUUCACAGUGUUCUGGAGCGAUCUCCUGACCACCUGCUCAAGGAGAUCAUUCUUGUCGAUGACUACUCGGAUCAGCCCCACUUGAAGCAGAGGCUCGAGAACUACAUCGCUCAGCUUCCGAAAGUGCAACUCGUGAGGGCCCAGAAACGAGAAGGUCUGAUUCGAGCCCGACUCCUCGGAGCAUCUGUUGCUUCCGGUCCCGUUCUUACUUAUCUGGAUUCGCAUUGCGAAUGCACUGAAGGUUGGCUGGAACCCCUUCUUCAUCGCAUCUAUCAAGACCCCACCAAUGUGGUGUGCCCCGUUAUUGAUGUCAUCAGCGACGACACCUUCCAGUACCACUACCGGGACUCAAGGGGACUAAAUGUCGGUGGGUUCGACUGGAAUCUUCAGUUCAAUUGGCAUCCUGUUCCCGAUCGAGAAAAUAAACGACGAAAGCACACUUGGCUGCCUGUGCAAUCACCAACUAUGGCUGGAGGUUUGUUUUCAAUCGAUAAGAAAUUCUUCGAAAAACUUGGAACGUACGACAGCGGAUUUGACAUUUGGGGCGGUGAAAAUUUAGAGCUUUCUUUUAAGACAUGGAUGUGUGGAGGAACCCUGGAAAUCAUCCCAUGUUCUCAUGUGGGUCAUAUCUUUAGGAAACGCAGCCCUUACAAGUGGAGAACAGGUGUCAAUGUAUUAAAGAGAAAUUCCAUUCGAUUGGCUGAAGUGUGGUUGGACGAAUACAAGAAGUAUUAUUACCAGCGAAUUGGAAAUGACUUGGGUGAUUAUGGUGACAUUACAGAAAGAAAAGACCUUCGAAAGAAACUGCAGUGCAAGAGCUUUAAGUGGUAUUUGGAUACUGUAUACCCAGAACUCUUUGUCCCAGGAGAUGCUGUAGCCUCAGGAGAGGUGCGAAACUUGGGUGGAGAUGGUCGUAAGAUGUGCCUCGACAGCCCAGCUAGAAAGAAUAACUUGCAUAAACCAAUCGGGCUGUAUCCUUGUCACGGACAAGGGGGCAACCAGUUCUGGAUGCUGAGUCGAGAUGGAGAAAUCAGGCGUGAUGAGGCCUGUCUUGAUUAUGCUGGAAAAGAUGUCAUACUUUAUCCUUGUCAUGGAUCUAAAGGAAAUCAGCUAUGGAUAUACAAUCCCAAAAAUAAAUCUCUUCAACAUGGCAGUAGUGGCCAAUGUCUUGAAAUGAGUGAAGACAAAGAAAAGGUCUUGAUGCAAGAAUGUUCAGAUGAGCCCCGGCAAAGGUGGGAGUUCCAGAACUAUGAUCCAGCCAAACUCAAGAAAUCUUAGCAGAUAAAAGAUAUCUGGUAAUUUCCCAAUAUGAGACUAGAGGACCUUUCACCAAGCUGUUGGUAUAGUUCCUGUCACACAUCAGACUACUUUUUUUACAAUUCUUAUAGGCGAAUAUUUUGGGACAAUGUUGAUGAGGGUGAAGAACAAUAAUUUGAAAUCAUCAUCUUUUUAUUAAAUUUUUGGUGAUGGUUACAGAUGUAUUUGUGCUUUAUAUCAGUUAUCAUGUUACAUUUUCAUGAGCAGCUAAAUAUAGAAAUGAUUGAGAUUACAAAUUAAGGAUUUGUGAAAUAGUGAUUCUGCCCUGUUAAUAAAAGGAUUGUGGGUUGAGCAUGAACCAGUUGAUUGGGUUUAGUUAUUAAAUCAUAAUUUGUGUAUAAUGGUUAAUGCUUAUUCCAUGUGGGUUUAGUGUAAGUCAUUUUUACUUGUAGAAUACGUUAAAAACAUCCAUUUUUAAAAAUAAUUUAUUACAAGUGUUUGCAUGUCAAAAAUCGUUUUAUUUUUAAAUCUGUUAACUGGUAAAGUGUUUAACUAAAAUGGUAUUUUGUUAGAUUAAUCAUAAUUAAAUUUACACAAGUAUAAAAUUCAACUUCCAUUAUUUUGAAAACUGAAUGUUAUUGGAUUUAAAUAAAUGGAAGUACUUAUAUUAUAUCAAUUUAUUUAAAAAACUGAAAAUAAUUUAUUGUUGGACAAAAGCUGAUAUAACUUGAUUUUAUGAUUGUUCAAUUAUAUAUGUGAUAUUAAGCAUUAAAUUUAUAAUUUCUAUAAAAACAUUUUAUUCCAAAUACACAUUCCAUACAAGUUUGUUGUAACUGUGAUUUGUCUUCUAACGGAAUAAAAUGUUGAUGCAUGUGAACAUCAAGUAUUCGUUAUUUUCUUUAAUAUUUAAAAAUCCAUUCAUAUUUGCAUUUUUCUUAAAUCUUCAUUUAAAUGUUUAAUAUUGAAUGAUUCUGCUGUAAACAGUAUCAUGACAAUCAAAUGUAUAUUGUAAGUGCCAUUAAUUUAAUGUCCACUUGGCCUCUGUAUACAUGGUGGUACAUUUGUAUAAAAAAACCAUUUUCUACGAAAUAAAAUUGAUUUCAUUUAAA